UGUGUACAAUAUGAGGAAUGCCUGCUGGGAAAGAACGCGCUGUCACCGCUUGGACCGGACGGGCUUCCGUAGCUGCUGCUUUUGCGAUUCUAAAAAUCUGGAAAAGCGAUUUGUUUAUUUAUUUUUGUUCUUCUGGCUGUCGAGGUGCUUCAACUAAAAGCUGCUGACUUUUAAUCCAUUUUUAAUCCAGAAACUAAACCAGGACAUAACAGACAAGCUUUACUUGAGCAUGCAGGGUUAUAUAUUAUAUUUUUUAUAAACAUUUACUAGCUAAAACACUUCAGAGCUGAAAGUCUUAAACCUUCACAUUUAAUUGGAUCCUGGGAUCAUUUCCAAAAGAUCCCGUGGAGAGGACCCAAGUGAUCACAUGCUGGUUAGAUCUGACAUUCCUGCAGUGGUCACACACCAGGAGUGUGUGUGUGUGUGUGUGUGUGUGUGUGUGUGUGGACUCAUUUGGAUGGUUUCCAGCUAAAACUCCACUUUAUAAUAUGUAACACUGGUUAGAGUUUAUUGUUUUCCUGCAAUGGAUCUCAGUUUUUGCUAAGAUUGUUCAGAAAAAACUCUAAAAACUCUGGAGAGAGAGAGAAGGAGAGAGAGACAGAGAGAAGGAGAGAGAGAGAGCGAGAGAGAGAGAGAGAGAGAGACAGAAAGAAGGAGAGAGAGAGAGAGAGACAGAGAGAAGGAGAGAGAGAGAGAGAGAGAGAAGGAGAGAGAGACAGAGAGAGACAGAAAGAAGGAGAGAGAGAGAGCGAGAGAGAGAGAGAGAGAGAGAGAGAUGGCUGACAUCAGGACAUAUAAUGUGGUGAUUCUGGGAAUGGCGUUUUUACUCGUUUUUACAGCCUUCACCACCUGUGGAAAUAUAGAACAAACUGUGGUGAAAAGUCUGGAUAAUGCUACUUUCAGUGGAAGUGGGUAUCACAGCCUUGGUAUAAUAUAUGGAGUUUUUUCGUUUGCUAAUUUAUUUGCCCCCUCUGUGGUGGCAGUAAUCGGACCACAGUUUACCAUGUUCUUCAGCGGAAUUCUUUACAGUGGUUACAUAGCUGUAUUUAUUAUUCCAUCGACCUGGUCCUUUUAUUUGACCUCAGUACUGAUUGGGAUGGCAGCAGCCUUGCUUUGGACGGCUCAAGGUCGCUUUCUGGUGGGGAAUUCGGAUGCCUCCACAAUUAACAGGAACACAGCAAUGUUCUGGGCUUUGUUGCAAUGCAGUAUGUUGUUUGGCAAUCUUUAUGUCUAUAUAGACUGGAAAGGAAAAACUGACAUAUCAGACGGAGACAGAAAGACAAUGUUUAUCGCUCUGCUGGUCACGUCUGUGCUUGGAACACUAAGUUUCCUCUUUCUGCGAAAGUCAAGUCAGCUGGAGGAAGAGGACAUUCUGUCUGAAGAAGAAGGCCAGUCCCUGCUCUCAUCCAGACUAAUAUUUAAACAGCGAGCCAGCUCUGCCAUAAAAGAGGCCAAAACAGAUUUCAAGGCAAUUUUGCACCUUUUUGGCACAAAAACUAUAUUACUGUUAAGCUUCUCCAUGGCUUACAGUGGUCUGGAGCUGUCUUUUUAUAGUGGUGUGUAUGGAACUUGCAUUGGAGCCACGAGUCAUUUUGGAGACAGCUCCAAAGCCUUGAUAGGCAUUUCAGGCAUUGUGGUGGGAAUCGGAGAGAUAGUUGGUGGAGGGCUGUUCGGCCUUGUGUUGAAGAACAACCACUUCAGACGCACGUCAGUUGUCUUCCUCGGAAUGGUGGUGCAUUUUGUGGCCUUCUACCUGAUCUUUCUCAACAUCCCAAAUGAUGCUCCAGUGGUCUUUGAAACCAGCACACAGCACAACCCUUAUCUGUCUCCGAGUGUGUCCAUCGCCUUGCUGUGCAGUUUCCUGCUCGGGCUUGGGGACAGCUGUUUUAAUACUCAGCUUUACAGCUUUCUGGGUUGUGUUUACACUGAACAAAGCAUUCCAGCCUUCGCUAUCUUCAAGUUUGUUCAGUCUAUCUUUGCAGCAGUGGCGUUUUUCUACAGUGGCUACCUGCUGCUGUGCUGGCAGCUCCUCAUCAUGGUCAUCCUGGGCUUCAUGGGAACGCUGUGCUUCUUCGUGGUGGAGCGGAUGCUGAGCGUCUCAGCCGAUCUGUCAGAAUACUAGCUCUUCUCAUUACACCAAUGUCCACUCAGGUUUAGUAUUUGCAAUCAUGCUAAACUUGCACUGCAUUCGCAUUGUAUAUGCCAUGCUCCCACUACUAGCAUUUAGCAAUAAUACAGUCUUAUUUCUAAUGAGUACUAACACAUUUGUGGUGUUUGACCUUUGCCCCCAGUGGUGUUGGUUGAACAUGUUGUAUUGCUGAUUGUUAUGGGAAACACUACAAUGUUAUAAUUUAUAUGUUAUCUUUUUUAGCUUGUGGUCAUUUUGGCAAAACUUAGUUGUGAUUGGUCCCAGAGGUUUCAAGGCAGAUUGGCCUAUGUUAUUAUUAUUAUUAUUAUUAUUUAAUUCUAAUAUAGAUGCUCUGCUUGAUUAGUGACAGUUCAUUUUAUGAUUCAGUUAAAAUAUAUGGUGUUGAGAGACAUAAGCAGUCAUUUUAUUGGUAGGGAAGUUGGUAAAAUACACUAUAUGGCCAAAAGUAUGUGCACCCCUGACCAUCACACCCAUAUGUGCUUAUUGAACAUCUCAUUCCAGAUUUAUUCCCCCUGUGUUUGCUGUUAUAAUAAGCUCCAAUCUUUUGGGAAGUCUUUCCACUAGAUGUUGGAGUGUGGCUGUGGGGAUUUGUGUUCAUUCAGCUACAAGAGCAUUAGUGAGAUCAGGCGCUGAUGUUGGUGAGGAGGUUUGGGGUUCAGUCGGUGUUCCAGUUGAUCCCAAAGGUGUUCAGUGGGGUUGAGGUCAGGGCUCUGUGCAGGACACUCAAGUUCUUCCACUCCAACCUUCACACACCAUGUCUUCAUGGAGCUCGCUUUGUGCACAGGGGCGUUGUCAUGCUGGAACAGGUUUGAGUUCCAGUGAAGGGAAACUGUAAUGCUACAGCACACAAAGACAUUCUGUACAACUCUGUGCUUCCAACUUUGUGGCACCAGUUUUGGGAAGAACCACAUAUGGUUGUGAUGGUCAGGUGUCCACAUACUUUUGGCCACAUAGUGUAUGAUUUCUCCUUACUGUAUGUUUAAUUUGUUUUGAGGUAAAAUAAUCAUCAGUAGAGAGGAAUUAAGACCAACUUGGACUUACAUAUUAAAUUUUGUAACUGUUUGCACAACUGAAUUCGUAUGAAAGUUACGAAGGUUGUGGUUAGAGGCCUUGUUAUGACUUCAUUCAUAACCUCAUACAUGUCCUAACAGUGCUAUCAAUUUCUCAAAAGAAAAAGAGUUAAAAAUAGUCUCAUUAAGAUGUGUAAGAUAUCAUCCUAACAUGCACUAAGAGCUUCUUACUACAAAUAAGUGUUUUUUUGUGUCUCCUUUUCUGGGUUGUUGUUAGUUCUCCUAAAAUAUGCUUCAGACCAAUAGUUAGCUAUGCUGUGUACUUGUUAUGGUAUGAUUGAGAUUUUGGUGUUCAUAACCAGUUGAAUGCCUGUCUUUGUCUUCAUUUUCUUAUUUGUUAAGCACAAUAGGUUUACUUUCAUCUGCCAGUUGUGAAAAUAACCAUAUGGGGUAUUGGAUAUCAGGGAGUGGGCCUUAUUAAUUAUGUUAGACACUAAUUUUCUCUUUGUGAAGGAUUCAUCACAUAGAUUUUUGUCCUUUUGAUGAUUAGGUGCACAAGGACGAGCACAUUAUGUUUUCAGAGAGCUGUCCCUCGCUCUCUCAGGGUUCUCAUUAUUUCCGCUGUAAUUUUUCCACAAUGUUUUGUCAUUCUUGUGCUCAUGCAGUGCGUAUGAAUUUGAUACAUAAGAGCGAUCGGUUUUGUCUUUAUGUUUACAUAUCCAGCCAAUGUUUUACUCUUUAAUGAUUGUUCAAAUGCAGCUGUUUUAUUUUGAAAAGUGCCUUAUAUCAGCAUCAGCAACUGAUAUACAGUGUUGUAAACUACCAAAGACAAAAAAAUGUAUAAUAUUGAUGUAUAAUAUUGCCUUGGUAUAACAAAAUGGAUGACUUUAUCACAUUUCCAGUUCCAUAUUGCGCCAAAUACAAAAUAAUUCAGUAUUCCAGUCUAUUAAUUUUUUAAAAAAUUCAUUUUAAUGUCAAUUUAUUUAUAUGUAUCUUGCUGGCUUUGUUAACAUGGUGUCAGUUUAUACUGUCACUAAUCUGCAGGAUUGUGACUGAGUGCUGGUGAAGUAUCAGUAACUAAAGGCCGAAUGUGCCGAAUCUGAAUAAUAGCUAUACAAUAAUUAAUUAUUUGUUUUUUAGUGUAAACAUGUCUUUUUAUUUUUAAUAUACUGUAUAUUUUGCUUUUUAUAUUUAGCUGACAAUCAUGCAGGUUGAGUUUUUUGUCUUUUAUAAUAACAAAUAUACUGUAUACUGUCUAUGAUUGUGACAGGAAUAUAUUUCACUGUUGUCAUAUAAUGUAUUUUCUUAGAUUUGUGCUCUCAAGUUUAAUAAAGAAGUGCCAUUGCAAAGCA